AUGGAUUUACCAUUUCCAGUCUUGAGGCCUCAUUUCACAUUUCCGGAGUGGUUUAACGCGGAUAAUCCUUGUGAUGAAGACGCAGAAUUAACAAAGCUAGAACAAGCACAUCAGCGCACGUUGACCUCAUAUACGAAACGUUGUGUAAAACAUGCUCCGGUGCAGAAGCCCGAAUCCGAACCAGUAGAGGAAGUAGAGACAGAGUAUGAGGGUGGCAAUGAAGACGCCGAAGAGUCGGAAGACUCUCAUGACGUUGAUGAAGAUGAACAAAUAACAACAGCAGAUUCUCCCGACUUUACUAUAACGGAUCAAGAACAAAUCAUUCAUGACGAUGACUUCAUACCAGACGUUGAAGUGAUCGAAGGAAAUAUUUGGCCAUAUAACAUUCCUGAUCAGUAA